UUAAUUCAUAAUAUAUUCGCCUUGGCACACUAGAAAGUUGGAAAACUUCAUCGUGCUAUACUUCUGCUACGUAUUUUACGCCGUUUUUAAACUCAAACAUAAUUUAAUAUUUUUGCAUCAGUUUAUUGGACGCAUAUUUUUAAAUACGACUUGCCAAUUAUAUAUGCCGUACGUGUAUAUAUCAAGAAACAUCGAAACUUGUGGAAGCUUCUCACUGCCAACGCAUAAGAUCCUGAUCAAUUGAUAUUUUUGUGCUAUACCUGUCUUUCGUUUAAAUCCAGAAUAUUUGGCCAAAAUGAGUAAAAGUACUCAAUCUGUUAAUGAUGUAGCCAACAAACAUGCAGCAAGUGAGGAGGCGGAACAUGAUGGCUGCGUGCUUUGCUGUAAGGAAGUGGAGAUCUACUCCAUUGGCGAAUGUGAUCAUCCGAUUUGUUAUGAGUGCUCUACCCGAUUGCGUGUGCUUUGCGAACAAAAUGAGUGCCCUAUUUGUCGUCAAGUUUUGUCCAAAGUGAUUUUUACAUGCGACAAGCUGCCUUAUCGUGAGCUUGAGGCAAAAAAUCGUUCAUCAUAUUACAGCAGAAAAUAUAAAAUUGGUUUCUAUUCGGCAAAAAUUCAGCAGGAAUUUUUCAAUUUAUUGGAUCAUCCGUGCCCGAAAUGUGAUAUUGUGCCCUUUCGAAGAUUUAAUGAUCUUGAAUAUCAUGUGCGUAAAGAACACGAUUUGCAUUUCUGUGACCUUUGUACAGAACAUUUGAAAAUAUUUACUUUCGAGCGUCGAUGCUAUACACAAACGGAACUAGGUCUACAUCGUACCAGGGGAGAUCGUGACAACCGUUCGCAUCGUGGACAUCCCCUAUGUGAGUUUUGCAAAAAACGUUAUCUGGAUCGAGAUGAGCUGUUUCGUCAUAAACGUCGCGAUCACUAUUUCUGCCACUUUUGUGAUGAUGAGUCCAAUGAUUUUUACAGGGACUAUGAUGCUUUGGCUAACCAUUUUCGGGAACACCACUUCCUUUGCGAGGAAGGACGGUGUGCUACUGAACAAUUUGUUGGAGCAUUUCGAACAGAAAUUGACUAUAAGGCCCAUUUCGCUAGUGUUCAUGGCAAAACUUUGAAUAAACAGGAAGCAAAGAAAACACGUACAGUACAAUUGGAAAUAACGCUCGGACGCCAAGCGCGUCCCGGUCUUGCGGAUGGGGGUACUACUAAUGUCCGUUCACGUGUUCCCGAUGACAACUACCCUGAUCCGUCAGAGGCUUCUACAUCUCAUGCAGGCCAACAACGUGGAAUAACUAUUGAUAGAAGUAAUGAGGAAGACUUCCCAUUGUUGGGUGGUAGUAGUGGGGGUCCCAGUGUAUCUUUAGUGCCAGCACCUUUUGUGCGCUUACGCAGCGCUACUUCCGGCCUAGCACGCACAAAAGAAAACUUUCCUGCUUUGGGAGCCAACGGUGAAGGAGGUGUUAAUGAGAAUCGCACACCAACGCAACAAUCAACCCCACCUAUAUCGACGGUAUUACGUAAAGCACCAGCAGUGUCACCCGGCGCUAUUAGCCGCAGCUCAAGAGGGGGUGGAAUUACGGGGUCUAGUGGGUCCUCAGGCAUGGUGCUUCAUGUCUCUAAUCGACCAACGUCUAGCGGAGGUCACAACAGUGGCGCUGUAGCAAAGAAACCGAAUGCAAUGGACUUUCCAGCACUGCCAUCGUCGGGUAAAUCAAAGAAGAAUGCAUCCCGUACGCCAAUCGAUGAAGAUAUGUUGCCUUCUGGUGAGCAUAUACCGUUAUCAAAUGUGGCUGCCAAACAUCGCACGCUGGUUGAAGACUAUGUAUCGGUAGCGAAUCCGAGUAGUUUUCAAAAGAUACAAACGGUACAAAAAGAAGAGGUCGAAUCCAAAAAUCGCAGAGCCGCUGAGCAGUCGAAUGCGCCAAAAUUGACCUCGCUUGACUUUCCUUCGUUAGGGGGCGGAACAGCUUCAAGGUCGAUACAAGUACCAUCUAAUAAUUGGGCAAAGGGACAAAAGCAGUCGGAUAAAAAGCAACGUGAAUUGGAAAAUCGAAAAGCAAAAGUAGCUCCUGCACCACUGUUACCUAAAGAGAAUAAACAAACAGCUAAUGCAAUGAACAAAAAACAAUCACCUCCAACAGUAACCAACUCUAAAACAAGCACAACUGCUGUCGAACAAAACGCUGCAAAAAAGGAGAAAAAAAUCAAAGACAAAAAGGAAAAAUUAACCACUGAAAAUAGUAACCAACAACAAAAGUUAAAUGGAAAGUCUAAAGGAAAGAGUAACAAUAGCAAUAGUAAUUCACCUAAGCGUUAUAAUAACUCCUCUUCGCCGCUGCUAUCACCUGCUAAUAUCAAUGAGGUUUCGUCGCAAAUGCGACCACCACCUGGCUUUGGGAAUCAGUCUGCAGGCACCCUACCAUCAACUGGUUUCCAAUCAACCAACGUUACAGUUAAUUCCGUAGCAAAAUCUCCUAACAACCUGACCUUUACCAACUCGUUUGGAGAAAGAUAUAGUAUUGUGCGUACUCAUCCAUACAUUCCACCGUCAGAUGCAGCCACAAGAAAUCAGAAACUAGUUUCCCACUUUCAAGAUGCCUUAAAGACGCCUGAAGGAAUGGAAGAAUUUCGGCACAUAUCACAAAUAUUCCGGGAAGGUAUCUACAAGACCGAACCUUACUACGAGCAUUGCCAGGCGGCACUAAAAGAUAGAUUUAAUGACAUAUUCCCUGAGUUAUUAGUCCUUCUGCCGGACAUAAAUAAACAACAAGAACUAUAUUUGGUGCAUUCUCAACACUUGAAUAAACUAUCGCCUGAAAAAAGAAAACAAGCAUUGAAAUUAGAUGUUUGCCCGAUAUGUAAACAAGUGCUGAUGCUCAGCGAUUUGGAAAGUCACCGAAAACAACAUGAGCUUAAAGAGAACUUCCCUGUGCUUGGUGAUACUACGGCAAAUACUAAUCAACGUAAAUAGUUGAAAACUUGCUAAGUUAACAUAAUGGAAUUUAAUAAAAUGAGAUGCAAUACAAAUUUGAAACUCAAUUUGAAGCUAGAAUCUUUAAACGUACACCAAUAUGUGCAUUAUGAAUUUCUAUUGAAUUUGCUAUAUCAUUUUAAAUAAAGCAACGAUACCAAACAUUCAUAACAGCACUUGUGGAGUACUAUUUAUCCUCUAAACCUUAAGUUAUCGAAAGUGUAGUUCAAUGCAUAGCAUUAAGUGUUUAUGGAGAACUUCGUAAAUUAAAAGAAUUGGAUUUUUGCAGAAGAGUUUAACUAAGUAUUCUUAAAUUACAUUGCUUUACAAAAAUGUUACUGUAAAGAUAUAUAAUGUCAUAAUGAGACAGUGUCAUUAAUCGUUGUAAUCGUCUGUACAAAUUUCAUUUGUGAAAAGUAAGACAUCUGCACUAAACUAUGUAUACAUACAUGUAAACUAGUUAAAAUGUAAACAAAUUAAUUUUUUUUUGUUGAGAUAACGUAGUUGAAGGCAAAUUAUUCGAAAACAAAUAAAUGAUGCACAUAGAGCA